AUGGAGUCCCUCAUUAAAGUUUCCAUGUCAGUUUGUCCAUUUGUGCAAUCGACUUCAGUGCAAACUUUGCGUCAAAUGAGCAAAAGCUCAGGCGUUUUGGCCCAACGUGCUCGUCAAUGCCCUUAUAUGGCCUCGGCAAUCCACCAAAAGGAGUCCGCUAGAGAGUACUCACAAGCCUCAAAGCCAAGAAGUGCAACCAUUAGCCAAUCAAGUACUGGCUCCAUGGCCACCUCUCCAUCUACUCCAUACCAUUUUGGUAAGGAUAAGUUGGUUGAUGCUCAAGUCAAUCUUGGCAGCAACGAGACCUCAUUUGAUUUCCAAGGCUUUAUGAAUGAUGACUUGGCGAAAAAGAGAGUUGAUAAAUCCUAUCGUUACUUUAACAAUAUCAACCGCUUGGCAAACGAGUUUCCAAGAGCCCAUCGCACCAAGGAGGAGGAUAAGGUUACUGUUUGGUGCUCAAACGAUUACUUGGGAAUGGGCAAAAACGAAGUCACCAUAAAUGAAAUGAAGAGAGUUUUGGAUAUGUACGGUUCAGGUGCUGGUGGUACCAGAAAUAUUGCUGGCCACAAUACCCACGCAAUAAAAUUGGAGUCUGAAUUAGCAGCUUUGCACAAGCACGAAGCGGCAUUGGUUUUCAGCUCAUGCUUUGUUGCUAAUGACGCUGUUUUAUCCUUGUUUGGUCAAAAAAUCAAGGAUUUGGUUAUCUUUUCAGACGCUUUAAACCACGCGUCAAUGAUUCAAGGUAUUAGAAACUCACGCGCCAAGAAACACGUUUUCAAACACAAUGAUUUGGCAGAUUUGGAAGAGAAGUUGGCUCAAUAUCCUAAAUCAAUUCCUAAAUUGAUUGCAUUUGAAUCAGUUUACUCCAUGUGCGGUUCAAUUGCACCAAUUGAAGCAAUUUGCGAUUUGGCAGACAAGUAUGGCGCUGUUACCUUUUUGGAUGAAGUCCAUGCCGUUGGUAUGUAUGGUCCUCACGGUGCUGGUGUUGCAGAACACUUGAACUUUGAAGCCCAUUUGCAGGCUGGAUUGUCAAAUCCUGAUGUGCAAACAGUUAUGAGUAGAGUAGAUAUGGUUACUGGUACCCUCGGAAAAGCUUAUGGUUGUGUUGGUGGAUACAUUACCGGUAAAGCAAACAUGAUUGACUGGUUUAGAUCAUAUGCCCCAGGCUUUAUCUUUACCACUACUUUACCUCCAGCUAUCAUGGCAGGUGCAUCAGCCUCGAUUCGCUACCAAAGAGCCACUUUGCAAGACCGUAUUGCGCAACAAAAGAAUACUAGAUAUGUUAAAAACAAUAUGAAUCAAUUGGGUUUGCCAGUCAUUCCCAACCCAUCGCACAUUGUUCCCGUCUUGGUUGGUAAUGCUGCAGAUGCCAAGAGAGCUUCAGACUUGUUGUUGGAGAAACACGACAUUUAUGUGCAAGCAAUCAACUUCCCAACAGUGCCAAUUGGUGAGGAGAGAUUGAGAAUCACUCCAACUCCAGGUCACGGAAAGGAGAUUUCCAACCAUUUAAUCGAGGCCGUUGACUCUGUUUUCAAUGAAUUGAAUUUGAAAAGAAUCAAUGAUUGGGCCAGACAAGGCGGAUUAUGUGGUGUUGGUCAAGAGGAUGCCUCCAACAUUGAGCACAUGUGGACUGACGAACAAUUGGCAUUGACCGAUGCUGAUUUAAACCCAAACGUGGUUAAUCCAACCAUUGCUCCAGUAGGUGUCUCAUCCGGUGUAUCCUUGUAA